AUGCUCAAGUACUACGUUGGCAGCACACAGAUAGAGGGUAUGCUUCCGUACAUACCGCAUCUUUUAGACACAGACCCUAGCCCCGCACUACAAGCGGCAAUCAAGGCCAUUGGGCUAGCAAGCAUGUCAAACGCACGCAUGUCGGCGGAGUUGAUGCGCGCUGCACGAAAAGAAUAUAGCACGGCUUUGCUAGCCACUAACAGCGCGCUACAAGAUCCGAUCCAAUUUAAAUCAGACUCCACUUUGGCUGCCGUGAUGCUACUUGGCAUGUACGAGGCCCUAGGUCACAUAUACUAUAAACAAUACGCACCGCCUUUCAUCGUCCAAUUAUCCAAAGAGGCGGCUGCCCACCACCACAGCGGAUUCGAAGAGAUUGAGAAUUUCUUCGACAUCUUAGUACAAGUCAGUAACCUCUCCGCAGAAAUCCGUGCGACCGCUAGCAAGAGUUCGUCGAUCGGCAACCCGGCACCUUUCAUUCAAAAGGCGUUCCAACUAGAUAUAGAUCUAGUAUCAUGGGCCACGUCCGUCAAUUCUGCCUCUCGAUACACCACCGUGAGUGCCCCCUCUACCAAAAAACACGACUAUGAGCACCGCUCGGUGUACGGCGAAAGCUAUCAUGUAUAUCCAAACGUUGGGAUCGCAUCUAUGUGGACCAAUUACCGCCUCACACGCAUCAUCAUCCACGAGAUUAUAGGCAGCAUCUACGCCAGACUACUAAAAUCGGGUGGUUUGCCAGAGGACCGCCUGAUGGCGUUGCGGAGUAUCGCGAUCAGUAGGCAAAUGGCGGAGGAUAUAUGCGCCAGCGUGCCUUAUCACUUCGACUCCGGGGAUGUGGCCGUAGGGAGCGUGUUCCGGCUUAUCUGGCCGCUGUUUGUUGCGUCAGAUUGUGUGGGCACAGUUCCCACUAUGAAGCGGUGGAUAGUGCAGACUCUCGAGAAGAUUGGACAUUCGACGGGCAUCCAGCAAGCCCUCACUAUGGCGCGGCUUGUGAGGGAAGAGACGGAAUUGGAAUGGCUGUCUCGGGAGUUGGAUAAAAUAAAUACGAAGAUGGAAUCCGUCUAG